GUGCUUGCUUGCUUCAAUCGCGAAGACAUUUAGCAGAACCAUUUGUCGUUUCCUCUCGCCAGAUUCCGUGCUCCGGAGCCAGAAAGUUUCCGCCUUUAAAGAAAUGAAGUAUGUGAAGCCAUUGAGCUUAUUGGGUAAUGCGCUGAAGACCAAAGUGUCAGUCCCUGGUCGGUUUCUGGGUUUAGAUGUUGGUGAUAAGUAUGUUGGAUUAGCUAUCUCAGAUCCUUCAAAUAUGGUUGCUUCUCCAUUGAGUGUUUUGCUCAGAAAGAAAUCAAACAUUGACCUGAUGGCUACAGAUUUCCAGAACCUGGUCAAAGCAUUUUCUGUGUCGGGAUUAGUCGUUGGUUAUCCAUUUGGCAAACUGAACAAUGUAGAGGAUGUUGUCACUGUGAAUCUUUUCAUUGAGGAACUUCGUAAGACCGAAAAACUCAAGGAUGUGAAAUACACAUAUUGGGACGAGCGAUUAUCAUCAAAGACCGUUGAACUGAUGUUGAAGCCCUUGAAUUUGCAUCCUGUUCAAGAGAAGACAAUGUUGGACAAGUUAGCCGCAGUAGUUAUACUUCAGGAGUAUUUAGAUUACGCGAACAGGUAUGUAAACACUGAGCCAGCAGAGUAAAAGGAAACGGGUAAUGACAAAAUAGGGAAGCCGCUAGUUUCGGAUAUAUGAAUAUAAUGAUGCUUGAUUUGUUUUGACAUUAUCUAUGUGUACAAAGACAUCUUGCAUCUUUUAAGAAAUUCGUUUUUCGCUGCA